AUGCUAGAAAACAAAGGGAAAGAGUUGAAUGAAAAUAAUAAUCCGACUUUUAAUUUUUCGUCUAAAUGUUACAGCGCUUGUUUUUCACCCGGUAAGAAGGGUGGUACAUUUGAUAUUGAUGUGGGUGGAAAGCUGAUCAUUCCCGAAGGCGUACUGAACAAGAAGGACACUAUCACUUGUGGCGUCAUUUCUCCAGACAUCAGAUAUGCCUACGCACCUAAAUUGAGCAUCGAUGAACGGCUGCAUAGCGAAAUAUUCAGACUGGAGACUUCCAUUAAUCAGUUGAAAAAUCCGAUAUUUUUACAGAUAGCAUAUGAAGAGAUCGACAAUCGACUAUUCGAACUCAACGCUCAGGGUCUAUGGUCCGAUGAAGAAGAAUGGGUUAACGUAGGCUUUCUUACCAAGCAAGACGAGAAACAGAAAGUGGUAGAACUGACUUUACAUCAAGGCGGAGUGUUUGUCGUGACUUAUUUACCAAAGAAAGAGAAAUUUGAAUUAACACCCAACGGUUCGCUUUAUACUUCACGACUAUGCCGAUUUUGCACAGUGAGAUGUCCCCGGAAAGCAGUCGAGACCACUGUCUUCUGCUCGUUAAAGGUUAUCCCAGUUCCUCCAGAGAAAGUGGCGUAUUGUCAGGAGACGUAUCCAUUUAAAUGCGCAGAUCUCCUGGAUUGUGUAGAAAUUUUGGAUGUGAGUAGCAACCAAACAGAUGAUUUCCGGCGUCCACUCACAAUCAAGAUGCCAGUGCCUAAUGAAAGCAUUCAACCCAAUGAAAAAGAGAGUGAAGAAGUGCAAGAUUACGAAAUCGCCGUGGUUACGAAAACGCCAUCUGACAGCGAGUGGAAUGUAUUAGAAUCAACAAAAAUAAGCAGACGAAUGGUAUCGUUUGACGUGAAAAGACUGGGAAAGUUCUGUGUGGUAAAGGUCAAGCAAGGUCGCUUCAGGCGGAUGAAAGAAGCAGUUGCCGUUUUAGAAGAUAAAAUCUACAAAGUCGCUGGAUGCAUCUCGUUAUUUACAUCGUUUGAAGAUAAAAUAUGGACGGCGGCCAUUGCCUGCUACCCGAGAAAAGAAGCUCAUUACUACGAAAAAGAGUGGGAGAAGCAAAACUUUAAAAAGGUCAACCCACUGGCAAAAAAGGAGCCAGAAAAGACUACCUACUUCGACAUCCCGGGAAAACGCUUCGAAUAUUUCAAAUAUAACGACCCAGAGUUUUACGAUGGUCUCAGUUGGACCAUUCGCGUGGAUGGAAACUUGAAGUUACUGAACGAAAAUGAUUGUCGAAUCGUCUUCUAUUCUACUCUGAAGGAUAAUUUCUAUAUUUUCAAGAUUGAACCGGAGUAUGACACCAUUAGACAACUAAUCGCUCAGGUGAACGUCAGUCCGGAUGGUAUAAAAGAUGAAGAAGAAAGAAGUAAACUGACAGGUCUGUUCACGCUGGAUGUUAAAGUCGAACAGGUAGAUGCUUAUUUUUACGUUGAACCGGAAGAAGAAGAGGAAAGCAAAAAACUACCAAAGAAGAAGCCGUCUCUGAAACGGACUGUGAGUUUCCCCCCUAUCGUUACGGCUAAAGAACCUUCGAAGUCAAAGAAAGGCCCGGGUUCAACUAAAGCUAGAAAGUAUUCGAUGAGUAGUGAUCCCAUGGAACGGCUAACGAAAUCCGUGCGUAAAGCUAACAUUAUUAUUCGAGAGUCUCGUGUACUGUCCGGUCGCAGCUUGAUGUAUCUAUCGAAGGCGGUACCCAAUGGGCUCAACUUAGCCAUCCAUCUGGGGCUGUCCGAAAGCUGUAUCACCGGCUUAGGCUUUGACGCCUUAGCCAACGGUCUAAACAUGAGCGACAUAACGUAUAAGAUUUUGCUGUAUUGGAAGCGUCAUCAAGUAAACAAGUACGACGUUGCUGUUAAUCAACUGGCGUUGGCAUUCCAACAAAUAGGUCUUUCCCAGGUGUCGAAUGUCAUCAUCAAUCAACACAACGAAGGCAAUGAGAUUAACAAAGACUGCUUUGCAUUCAUGGACCUUUGA